GUAAGGAUGGCGGAGGGGCGCGAGGUUUCAAGAUGGCGGUGGCUGAGUGGUUGACCGAGAGGCUGAGGUGAAGGCCCCCCCCUACGAAGUAAAAGAGAUCAGGAAUCGACCCUUCCCCUCUUCUUGCAAACCGGGGAGUCCAGCAGAAGUGAUUUUUUUUUUUUUUAAUGAAUUACUGAACCAUGUACAUUAUCAACAUGGGACGGAGAUCAACAUCAUCCACCAAGAGUGGGAAAUUUAUGAAUCCCACAGAUCAAGCUCGAAAGGAAGCCCGGAAGAGAGAAUUAAAAAAGAACAAAAAACAACGCAUGAUGGUACGAGCUGCAGUUUUAAAGAUGAAGGAUCCUAAACAGAUUAUCCGGGACAUGGAAAAAUUGGAUGAAAUGGAGUUUAACCCAGUUCAACAACCACAAUUAAAUGAGAAAGUACUGAAAGACAAGCGUAAGAAGCUGCGUGAAACUUUUGAACGUAUUCUACGACUCUAUGAAAAAGAGAAUCCAGAUAUUUAUAAGGAAUUGAGAAAACUAGAAGUAGAAUAUGAACAGAAGAGGGCUCAACUUAGCCAGUAUUUUGAUGCUGUCAAGAAUGCUCAGCAUGUGGAAGUGGAAAGUAUUCCUUUGCCAGAUAUGCCGCAUGCUCCUUCCAACAUCUUGAUCCAGGACAUUCCACUUCCUGGGGCCCAGCCACCCUCCAUCCUUAAGAAAACCUCAGCCUAUGGACCUCCAACUCGGACAGUUUCAAUACUUCCUCUCCUUGGACAUGGUGUUCCACGUUUGCCUCCUGGCAGAAAACCUCCUGGCCCUCCCCCUGGUCCACCACCUCCUCAGGUUUUGCAGAUGUAUGGCCGUAAAGUGGGCUUUGCCCUAGAUCUUCCACCUCGGAGACGAGACGAAGACAUGUUAUAUAGUCCUGAACUUGCUCAGCGGGGUCAUGAUGAUGACAUUUCCAGCACCAGUGAAGAUGAUGGCUAUCCCGAGGACAUGGAUCAAGAUAAACAUGAUGACAGUACUGAUGACAGUGACACUGACAGAUCAGAUGGAGAAAGCGAGGGGGAUGAAUUUGUGCAUCGGGAUGAUAACGAGAGAGACAACAAUGAAGAAAAAAAGUCAGGUCUGAGUGUACGAUUUGCAGAUAUGCCUGGAAAAUCAAGAAAGAAAAAGAAGAACAUGAAGGAGCUGACUCCUCUUCAAGCCAUGAUGCUUCGAAUGGCAGGUCAGGAAAUCCCAGAAGAGGGACGAGAAGUAGAGGAGUUUUCGGAUGAUGAUGAUGAUGAUGAUUCUGAUGAUUCCGAAGCAGAAAAGCAGUCGCAAAAACAGCAUAAAGAGGAAUCUCACUCUGAUGGCACAUCCACUGCUUCUUCACAGCAGCAGGCUCCUCCCCAGUCUGUUCCUCCUUCUCAGAUACAGGCACCUCCCAUGCCAGGACCACCUCCUCUCGGACCUCCACCUGCCCCACCUUUACGGCCUCCUGGGCCACCCACAGGCCUUCCUCCUGGGCCUCCACCAGGAGCUCCUCCAUUCCUGAGACCACCUGGAAUGCCAGGGCUCCGAGGACCUUUACCCCGACUUUUACCUCCAGGACCACCACCAGGCCGGCCUCCUGGCCCUCCCCCUGGUCCACCUCCAGGUCUGCCUCCAGGCCCUCCUCCCCGAGGACCCCCACCAAGGCUACCUCCCCCUGCACCUCCAGGUAUCCCUCCACCUCGUCCUGGCAUGAUGCGCCCACCUUUGGUGCCUCCUCUUGGACCUGCCCCACCUGGGCUUUUCCCUCCGGCUCCCUUGCCCAACCCAGGGGUUUUAAGUGCCCCGCCCAACUUGAUUCAGCGACCCAAGGCGGAUGAUACAAGUGCAGCCACCAUUGAAAAGAAAGCCACGGCAACCAUCAGUGCCAAGCCACAGAUCACUAAUCCCAAGGCAGAGAUUACUCGAUUUGUGCCCACUGCACUGAGGGUGCGUCGGGAGAAUAAAGGGGCUACGGCUACUCCCCAAAGAAAGUCAGAGGAUGAUUCUGCUGUGCCUCUUGCCAAAGCAGCCCCCAAGUCUGGUCCUUCUGUUCCCGUCUCAGUACAGACUAAAGAUGAUGUUUAUGAAGCUUUCAUGAAAGAGAUGGAAGGGCUACUGUGACAGCUUUUGAUGCCAGAACAGGCUUUUGUUCUUAACAGUGGUUCUUGGAAAAGAGGCUCUUAUUAAACUUAGUUGAAAGAGCUGUUUCCACUGUCAGGGUAUUUUCUAAUUUCAGUUCAAAGAAUAUCCUAAAGUUUAGACUUAUUCAGAUUUUACUGCAUAUAGGAGAGGAUAUUUCAUUAAAUAGAUUGGUUAUUGAAGCAGUGCUGCUAACAUCCUUUCCCUUUCACACCAUUUCCAUCCCAUUUCUUCCCCUUCUCCCGUUCUUUGGAAAUUUGUGAUCAGGGGGAUCUUAGUUACUGUUUUGACUCUCUUGUGUGCUGUGGGCACUGGAAUAGAGAUUUCUGAAAAACCAGUUUAUUUCAUCUUGCCUUUCCUGUUUGAGUUAUUUUUAAUAUUUUCCUGUAAAUAUUUUGUAAUAUUUUACUUGUAGUGAAAUGGAUCACAAUGUCAUUUCCUAAUACAAAGGCAGGAUAUGUGGGAAGAAAAUGUACAAUUCUUUGAUUAAAAUUAUUUCCCACUGACCUAAACUUUGAGUGUUUCAUGGAAAAAAUAAAUAAAUGUUCUACAUCAGAAUA